GCUAAAAGCCUUGACUUUAUUCUUUGCUAUGCUUCAACUUUUGCAGAUCCCCUCUCCCACUUCUACUAGACUCUUUCAAAACUUCAGACGCUUUCCCAAUUCCAAAAUUCUCAAUUUUUCUCAAUUGCAAUUCCCAAAUCCCACUGCAACCACAGUUUCAAUGGCGAAUCUCUCCCCCGACAGUACUUCCAGAGGAUCCAUCACUCACAUUAUCUUUGAUAUGGACGGACUCUUAUUGGAUACCGAGGGGUUUUACACUGAAGUACAAGAGAAAAUACUGGCUAGGUUUAAUAAAACUUUUGAUUGGUCACUUAAGGCAAAGAUGAUGGGUAUGAAAGCUAUAGAAGCUGCUCGCGUCUUUGUUGAAGAGAGUGGGAUUAGUGAUUCUCUUAGUGCGGAGGACUUUCUUGUGGAAAGAGAGGACAUGCUACGAAGUUUGUUUCCGCAAAGUGAGCUUAUGCCAGGAGCUAGCCGGUUGAUCAGACAUCUUCAUGCAAAAGGAGUACCAUUUGGCUUGGCAACUGGAUCUCAUAGACGUCAUUUUGAAUUAAAAACACAAAGACAUGGUGAAAUUUUUAAGUUGAUGCAUCACACUGUUCUUGGUGAUGAUCCAGAGGUUAAACAAGGAAAACCAUCUCCAGAUAUAUUUCUUGCAGCUGCUAAAAGAUUUGAGGAUGCUCCUGUGUAUCCAGAAAAAAUCCUUGUUUUUGAAGAUGCACCCUCAGGUGUUCUUGCAGCUAAAAAUGCAGGAAUGAAGGUAGUAAUGGUUCCAGAUCCAAGGCUGGAUAGUUCUUAUCAUGGUAAUGCAAAUCAAGUAUUGAGUUCUCUCUUGGAUUUCAACCCCAAGGAAUGGGGUCUGCCUCCUUUUGAAGAUUCAGAAAGCUAGGGCCUCACAUUGGAUUCAUGCUGCUGAGAUACAAAACUUAUCAUUUUAACUGAAUGUUUAGAUUAUUUCCCUCCACAUUUAAGAGAAAGGUUCCCAUCAAGUUAUUUAUUAGUUUGUUUGGCCUUUCUUGCCAAAGUAUGAACUUUGAUUACCAAUUUAAAUUAUUGAAAUGAAACUACAAUAUUAUGUUGCAGUUUCUCCUUUUCAGACUUGUUUAUAUCGAUCUCAACCGAGACGGUUGGAUCUCAAAAUUGUUUAUCAGAAUCUCUCUUGUAUCUUAAAUAAAUCAAGGAACCAACUCAUAUUUGUUAUUAUUAUUACUUAUUAAGUGAGCCCCGAUGAAGAGUA